AUGGCUGCCAUCUACUCUGGCAUCCAUCUAAAGCUAAAGAGCCCUCAAACUCCAUGGGAGGACAAGAUAAAGCUAGCACGUUUUGCCUGGAUCUCAUCUCAGUGCUUACUUCCCAACAAGGAACAAGUCUUGUUAGAUUGGUGCACAUAUGCUCUGACUGGCUGGUAUAAUAAAAAGGUUGAGUUCUCACAAACUGUGCUGGAGGAGCUGUGGAGUUGCCUUGACGCAUUUCUACAUAGUCAAAAGCUCCAUGUUUCUCUCAAGCAGGGCAAGACGAUCAGCUUGAGGCUCAACAUGGCACAGCUGUUGCUCAGCCUCCUGGAGGAGUGUGCUGGGACCCCCACCAGGUUGUCAGUGGGUGUGCCUACCCUGCUGAAAGUGUGUCAGGGAAUUCUCUCAUCUUCCACACUCUCAUCUGUCUUCACCACCAAGUAUGAACUCAUGGUCGGCCUGUCUGUUAAAGUUUGCUCCUUGGCCUGCCAUCAAGUGCAACAAGCUUUGCCCUCGGUAUCCCAUCCAUCUGAAUUUAUUACCGACACUGUAAGCGAGUGUAUUCAAACAAUCGACCCAGACUGUAAACCUGAAGUGCCUUUGAACCCUGAGUUAGAGGAGAGGCCAGAGGAAAACAGCAUUGCGGCUCAUUUGUUUGAAUUGUUGCUUCAGGUGUUAACAUCAUAUUUAUCUGUUCAGCGGCAACAAGCCAAUCCAAACAGAGUCUUCAGUUUGGUAACCAACCAGCUUAUCCAGCCAUUAUUGCUUCUCAGACACAUGUUGACAUCUGCUGAGUAUGCCUCUUCCCUCACACAUCUGAAUAUCCGCCAGCAACAUUGCAGAGAUGUUCGGGGCAGGAUCGACUCAAUCCUUCAGUUAUCGUUAUUUUCUGCUGAGCACCAGGCAUCUUAUAAGGAGGAGCUUCUACCUUCCAAAGAUGAUUCAGGGAAACGUGGGACAAAAGGCCCACUAAGGCCAGCCAGUGCUGUACUUUGCAAAUUAAGUUCUUGUGAGCCGCCACUGCUUUACUCAGUGAAGUCAAACACAUUGCCAUUGCUUUUUAAGUUCUUUCUGGAAAGCUACAGAAAAUGUAAGAGCGAAAACGAGGAAGAGCAGAGGAUGCUUUGUUUCAAAUUCCUCGAAAAGUUGGUGCCAGCGUUGGAUUUGUCCCUUCCCAGUGUUCCCUGUUCCCCAGAAAGUUGGAGUCUGGCUCUGCUGGCUAUGGAAUCAUUGCUUAGCCAGGCUCUAUCCGCUGAUAUUUAUAAUGUGGCAGCAGACAGGAUAAGACAUGCGGAAGUUCAGCUCAAUUUUUACAAAAGCAUCGCACAAAUCCUCUUCAAUCAAGCCCAGCCGAGCAUUCCUGCCUGGUAUCGCUGUUUGAAAGUGCUACUGGGUCUCAACCACAUGAUUUUUGAACCAGACUUGGAUGAGUUGUUAUCUUCAGCAUGGGUUAAUGCAGACUGUAUGGAAUCACGAGUCCAGCGGGCCAGACAGUUGAUGCUGAGCAGUCUCCUCCAGACAUACACCAAGCUCCGUCAGCUGCCUCAUUUCUUCUCUGAACUCCUUUCGGUGAUCUGUCAGCCAUCUCUUGACAAACUUCGACCCCCUCUUCUCUGUGAUUGUGUAUCAGCCUCGCUCAGGACUAGUGUUUUGGACACACCUCCCUCUCAGGGCCUAGAAAUUUGCUCUUUAGUGCUAGAGAACAUACAGAAAUAUAUUUCAAGUGACUUAGUGAAAGAAGACGGAAAGGCAAAUGGUGGAAAAAGAGAUGGCGAGCGCGAGGAUGCAUCAAUGAAGCUUUUUUCUCUCAGCCAACUCAUUCACGUGAUUUUCUUCAGUCUGAAGACUCUCGAGAAUGCAUCUCCUGCUCCUUUAGUCAGACAAGGUCAAAACCUGAUGGAGGAGAUGCAGAAAGUUCUCAACGAACUGCUGAAACUUCUGUCGACGGAAAACAAAGAUGUGAACGCAAAUGUGAUUCCAGAUCAGAGAGCAAGGAAGAAAAGAAAAAAGAAUGUGGACUUGGAACAGUCGCAUAAAGUAUCUAUGUCUCCAUGGAAGCAAAAAACCCAAGAAGCUGCACUUUUGCUCAGAUACACCUGGAUCGAAAUAGACACACUCUUUCACAUCUACUGUAGCAAAUACACACCUCUUGACUCUAAUUGUGCAGCUUCAACCAGCAUAGAGAAUCUUCUAAAUAGUGAGAUAAACUCCGUACGUCUACAGUUGUCCAGUCCAAUCAGCUUUGUGCAUAUAAAACUCCUCAUUUUGCAACAAAUGAAGAAAGUUCUGUUGGACUCAGCUUUUCAUGCAGAACCAAGUACCCUAGAGUCUUUAAACAAUGCUGUCAGGUUCAUUUCAGAUCGAGAUGAGCUUCUACAUUGUUCAGAAGGAGAUCAGAUUUGGGAUGGGCAUAUAAGCAAUGUGGACUCCAGCUCACACCGUGUGGCACACUGGUAUAUUGUCACAUCUAAUCUACCUUUGCUGAUCCGCUACAUGAACAUGGAAGAUGUGAACUGCAUCGCAAAUGUUUUGGUGGAUUCAGUGCUACGCGGGCAGUCCAACAGAAGCAAAGAUCAGCUAUCUGUCUCCCUCAUAUCGUCACAGUUUAUUACCAGCUCCAUUCUAGUUGAGUUGCCGUUACUGUUCUCUGCUACGGUUUAUUCACUUGCACAGAGGAUUUUUGGGGUUUUAACGUCCGCGCAUGCUCCUCAAGUUUGUCCGACUUUUGAAAAGUAUCAGGAAGACCAAAAGGGUGAGCUGGUAAAACAGACCAUGGUAGAGGAUAUAACUGUAUCCUCGCAAUCAGGGCGAGUCUUUGUGCUUUUGAGUGAGGGCAAAGUCAAAGAGCUGGUCAAUUUGCUCCAAAUCUUAUCAAGCCUUAACGUCGAUGGACUGAACUCUGAAGAUCUGUCUUCCAUUUUCCUCCUCCUUACCUUCAUGCUCACAUCCACUGCUUGUUUUUCUGGGGCUCCAGAUUCAGCAGAAUGUCAUGGAGGAUUCCAAGUGAAAUUGCUCAAGAUACUCUCUUGUCUUGUGGAGUGCAAAAACUUCCAAGGUGUUCUGAAGAUCAUUCAUGGCAGCACGCUGCUGCAGGUUGUCGUGUCCUCCCUUCUCUGGCACAGCAAGAAAGGACGAUUCAGUUCCAUCAGCAGCUCUGAUUGGCUGGAUGUGAUUAAAGCCAUGCAGGACUUCAUUGUAAAUUUGGUCCACUUGAUAGUGGUGAGGAACAGAAGCGUGAAUCUUAAUCUAGAACAGAUUGCAUCAUUUCUGACCAGUCAGGAAACGGCAUCAUAUAUUGGCACCCCCAUCAUGUCUGUUCAUCUUCUCCUAGCAACGUUGGCUUCCUCCUCUAAGGCGAUGACAUCUAACCUGGGAAGGAGUAAACCAAUGGAUCAAAUUUUGACCCAGACCCUUGAAAGAACCACAUCCUCUCUUGGAUCAGCUGUGGAGUCGGUCCUUAAAACCCAGGUUGUCAGUGAGUCUGGCGAGAAGUCCGCCUGCUCGCUCAGUCCUGCCUAUGUGGUGGACACAGUCACAAUCAUGCUGCAAUGUGAGCUGUCUUCUUUGGCAACAAGGUGCGAGGACAAAACCAACCUGAGCCACAGGACUUUCUAUCAGGGUUUCUGCCAGCAAAUCCUGAAAGAAAUGAACUCUAAAGCCCGGCCUGUGGACUUCCUGGUUUCCUCCUUGCAUUUCCUUUCAGCGUUUUACAUGGCAGUGACAAAGACUGAAAGAAAGAAGGAGGAAGGAGAGGAGAAGAAAGUAAAAGAGCUGGAUGAGUUGUACGCUCAGAUCAUUCAAAAUGUACACAAACUUUUAACAGCUCCGUGGCUGUGUCCAUUGGAUACAUGUGAGCUGGAGCCAGCAGUGCAAAAACUGCUGCGCCAUCUGCUGGAGAACAGUUCUCUUUGCCAGUUCAGUUUGAUACUGACAGUGAUCAAGGAUGGGUUGGACACUUGCAAACUAAGGGCUGGAAACUACAAGGAAGUGCUGGCUGUGGUCAUCCUCGUCAAGCUGGUUUCCUGCUGUCAGUUACCUGAGCAGUGCUCCAGAUCUCUGUGGUUUCUUGCACCACAAAUUUUGUCUGCUAUGGUGUUUCUUGUAAGGUUGUCAAGCCAGGAUGCGAGCUUGACUUUGACCUUCACCAUUCCUACCGUGACAGCGAUGACUACGCUGCUGCGCCAGGGCGAGGGUCUGAUCAGCAACCCUCAUCACGUAGUCCUGGUCCUCGGAGCACUUCAGGCUGUGCCGCUUGACCACCUGUCGGCACUUGUUUACCAGUCAGCGUUCUUGGCUAUUCAUGAGGCGCUUUUUGCCAUCAUCCAGUGUCAUCCUCAGGUGAUGCUGAAUGCCACGCCAUCAUUCUUGAAUGUUUUUUACCGUCUAGUGGCUUCUAUAAUGCAGGAAGGUCGGCAGAGAGGAGUCAGUGACACAGGGGGAGAAAGUGAAGUCUAUCUACAGUGCUCCCGUCUGGUAGAAAGGAUGUACUCGCACAUUGCCGCCAUUUCUGAGAAUUCUACCACACUGUCUGCCUUCAUGGUGGCGCAAUACGUCACAGAGCUGCAAAAGGUUACCCUGCGGCCAGACAUCAAGUUGCACCUGACAGAGGGUAUCUACCUGAUACUGGACCUGUGUAUGGAGCAGGAUAUCAAAUUCCUCACAGCGGGCCUGCAAACCGGAGUCCGUGAGGUGUUUAACGAGCUCUACAGUAGCUACAUCCACUACCACAAACCCCAGAGACAAGGAGAGGAAAAAUACACUGUUUGA